AUGUCGUCCAUUCCCAUGUCCCAUCUGGGCGGUCAAGCCUUCAACCACAGCGUGAACAAUAAUUCCGAGGCUGAAUACGAUCGGCUGCGCGACCUCGCGCGCGCCGAAGCGGCAAAGCGCAACUCAUGCUUCGACCGGGCGCACCAAGCCUACGAGCGCGGCGACGGCGCCGAAGCCAAAGAGCUAAGCAACGAAGGCAAGCGACACGCCGCCAAAAUGGACGAGUACAACAAACAAGCGUCGGACUUCAUCUUUCGGGAGAACAACUUGAUGGGGCGUGUGCCGGACGACACGAUCGACCUGCAUGGACAGUUCGUCGAGGAGGCCGAGGAGAUCCUGGAGCAACGGAUUCGGUACGCGCAGCAACACGGACAGACGCACCUGCAUGUUAUUGUGGGUAAGGGAAACCACUCGGCCAACCACGUGCAGAAGAUCAAGCCGCGCGUGCAGCAGGUGUGCAACGAGUUGGGGUUGAAGUAUGCCACUGAGGACAACGCCGGGAGGAUGUACAUCAAUUUGAAGGGUGAGGAUGUGGUCGAAGUGCCCGACUUGCCGAGUCAUCCUUCGGGCGGGCAUGGCAGGCAGCCUGGGAGUGGUGGGCAUGGUCAGCAACAUGGGGGGCAGUCGACGCCGCAUCAUGGAGGUGCGCAGCAUGGAGGGGGACAGCAACAAGAGGAGGGUGAUUUGGUGGGGAAGAUUGUGUCGAAGCUCACCAAGAAGCUGGGUGAUUGCUGUGUGGUCAUGUGA